GCAGCAUCCUAUCCCCCCACCUCCCAAGGUCUCCCAGCAGCCCUUACAGCGAUGUGAUUGGCCUGCAGGUGGAUUACUGGCUGGCUCAGGCCACGGAGAAGAGGAAGGACGGGGAGAAGAAGGACAGCAGCUCCAAAAACACCCUGAAGAGCGUCUUCCGCUCGGUCCAAGUCUCGCGGCUGCCCAACAGUGGGGAGACCCAGCCCUCGGGGACCAUGGCCAUGACGGUGGUCACCAAGGAGAAGAACAAGAAGGUGCCCACCAUUUUCCUGAGCAAGAAACCCAAAGAGAGGGAGGUCGAUUCGAAGAGUCAAAUGAUUGACGGCAUCAGCCGGCUCAUCUGCUCGGCCAAACAGCAGCAGACCAUGUUAAAAGUUUCCAUCGAUGGCGUGGAAUGGAGCGACAUCAAGUUCUUUCAGCUGGCCGCCCAGUGGCCCACCCACGUCAAGCACUUCCCCGUGGGACUUUUUGGCACCAAGCCAGUCUCCCGUCCAGCCCCAUCGGACCGGGAUGUUCCCCCUCCCCGCCUCUUCCUUGAGCUGGCUUGGCACCGGCACGGCGCCGGAGUCUUCCGAAAGAGCCUGUCGGCCAACUCGCAGCCCAGAAAAACCGGGGUGACCCACUGCUUCAGUUCGGAAAGAGAAGUCCAUCCUCUUGCCAAAAGCUGCCCGUUUUUGAGGGCCUCCAAGACAGACGCCAGAGAGGUCAUCAAGUCUGACCCCUCGCCUGAUCCAAAAUAUCCCAAGGUUUGGGAGUGUGGGAAGAAGACCCCGAUGGAGUCCAAAGGCCCAUGCUCCUGA